CAAGCAAGUCUCCUCAAGAGGCCACGCACCGCUCGAACGAAUCAAACAUGGUGGCGGUACGGGAGGAAUCUCGUGCCGAGGAGCGGGUUGACGGAGGAGGAUGUCCGGAGAGUGGUCAGAGAAGAGCUGGAGCGUGCCAAAUCUCAAUCGACUGCGCAUUGCCAAAGUGCUCACGGUGUCUAGAUAUAGUGUGCUCAUUGGAGAAUGCUGUUCAGAAACUGGAGGAAGCGGUGGAGCCUGCAAACAGUCACUCUCCCCACCUCAGAAGGGAUAAUGCUAAAUCUAUGGCAGAGAGUGAUGCGAGAAACUUACAGCUUCAACUUCAAACCAAACUGUCACUUCCUAUAUUUACUGGAAAGAAACUAGAAGGAAAGGGGGGUGCUCGCAUUUCUGUCGCCUUGAUCGAUGCUAAUACAGGAGAAGUCAUUACAUCAGGGCUGGAAUCCUCCAUUAAGCUGGAAGUCGUCGUGCUUGAAGGUGACUUCAACAAAGAUGAUGAGGAUAACUGGUCUCAAAAAGAGUUUGAGAACUAUGUGGUUAAGGAACGUGAAGGAAAGAGGCCACUAUUGACUGGAAACCUCCGAGUGACGCUCAAGCGAGGUGUUGGGGAGCUGGGAGAUUUGAUAUUUACUGACAAUUCCAGCUGGAAUAGGAGUAAAAUGUUCAAGAUAGGGCUUAAGGUGGCAUCGGGUUAUUGUGGGAAUACACGAAUCCGAGAAGCAAAAACAGAUGCCUUCUCUGUCAAGGAACAUAGAGGAGAAUCAUACAAGAAAAAUUAUCCACCUAAAUCUGAUGAUGAGGUCUGGAGGUUGGAGAAAAUUGCCAAAGAUGGGAAAUCUCACAAAAAACUGCGGAAUGCCGGAGUACAUAAAGUGGAGGACUUUCUAAUGCAACUGUUUACGGACUCUGACAAAUUGAGAGAGAUUCUUGGAGAGAGCAUAAUACCGAAGUACUGGGAUUGCCUCAUUCGUCAUGCAAGGACUUGCAAAAUAAGUUGGAAACUUUAUUUAUACUAUGUCGAUAGCAUGAGGAAGGAUGGUGCUCUAUUCAACACUGAUGCUCAACUGAUCGGCCUAAUCAAAGACAGGGUAUAUGUUGCUACUCAUCGACUUUCUGCCCAAGAGAAGGAACAUGGAGAUACAAUUGUCAAAAAGGCCCUUGAUAACUUGACUGAUGUUAUGGAGUUCAAUGGGGAGACCUUUUCUGGCUCAAUGCAAAAGAAAAUCUCAAGCUCUUUUCCAUCUCAAGUCUUUGAAGGACAAGUUGAAAAUAACACUCCUGUUCAACAUAAUCUGGCUCCACAAAUCUGUGCUGCUCCAGGUGUUACGGAAGCUACUCUGGCAAAUGUCGUCUCGACUGCUAAAGGGUACAAUGACGGUAUUUCUACCGGAUAUCAGAUGCUGCCACAACACGGAAAUGUCAAUACUCUUCAGUUUGAUGGCUCCUCGUUCCCUCUUCAGAAUCCAUUGAUCAGUCCCUCACACCAAACCCAGCUUCUGAGCCCUGUUCCCUCACCGGCAGCAACAUCUGGCUUUCAUGCUGCGGGCCCGUCGAGUCUUCCUCCUUACGGGGGAGCUGAGGAGCUUUUCUUUGGGGAGGAAAUUGGUAUCUUCAACAUGGGAGGCCAUAGCCAGUCCUCAUUCAAUGCUGCUGAGAAUUUGUACCCAUUUUCAUCAGCAGACAUGCCCAACCAAUCUUCGAAUUUCGCCUUCAAUGAGGAUAGGAGCCACUCAUCUGGCAAAGCUGUUAUUGGGUGGCUAAAGCUUAAGGCGGCAUUGAGAUGGGGCAUUUUUGUCAGGAAGAAGGCUGCAGAAAGACGGGCGCAGCUUGUAGAGUUAGAUGAAUUCUAUGUUGCACUAGUCUCUGCAUGA